CAGAUUCAGUUGAUGAACCCACGGUUAAGUGAGUGCUGAAAUGAAUGAAUGUGACGCAAACUAGAAAAUGAGAAAAGAGCAAAGAUGAUUGCUGUAUUGAAUUCACUGUUGCAUCUGAAGCUAUGAAUACAAGUGGGUUCGGUCAUCUGUCUGACCCUGAACAAUAAUUAUUUGUAUUGUUAGUAGGAUAAUUGUGGUGUGUUUUUCGAAGAAAAGGUGCAGUUAAAUGUCGCUUUUAUCACUGAUGCAAAUCAGCCUGGAUGUGAAAUAAAACAUUAAGAAUGGCAGCUAAGCUUUUAGAAAAGGUCUGAACACUUGGUAAGCAAUGAUAAUCAAAUAAAAUAAAUGAGGUAUUAAAAUAAUAAUUAGCUUUGAAGGGUUUUAUGAAUUAUUGUAAGGUGUUAGUAGUGGGGAAAUGGCCAUGAAGUCAGCAUAACUUGUUAAUUAUGAACUAAUGGUAGGUUUCAACACGCUAUAAAACGGGCUGCGUCCCAAAUCGUUUAUGAAACACUGCAUCAACAUCAUACACCACUGCAGUUUGCCAUACAGAGCGUAGUGUACUAUUUAGGCAUGUUAUGCGGUUGCGGACAUAGCCCAUGGGUGCUGGUUGCUGAGAACUGUUUCAUAUGCAACCAUGGCAACAUGAAAGUAAACACGGAGGCCGGUUUGGUUCACGCGACGCACCUGCGAUAUCGCGAGAACGAAAAACCCAUCUUUUGACACUGAAUAAGUAAGACGGUGUUUCACGCAGUAAUGGCCUCCUGUCCUUCUGCGCCCCGGGAUACCCCUGUGGCGGCGAUCAACACCGAGGAGAAACUUCUGGAAGAUUUCCAACGCGACUCGCAUCCUGACAAGGUCUGCCUCGCGUGCAGGGAAUACGUAGGCGAGGAUGGUCACCCCAUAGUGAAUCCUCUCAUCCGGAAGAUCAAGCAACAAAUUGCCACUGACCCCACCCUUAUCCCAGAGUAUCCACCUCCACUUGGCAUCCCAGAAUUCAGCAGCAGGGCAUCGCAGCUGGCCUUAGGCCGGGAUAGCCCUGCCAUUUUGGAGAAUAGGGUUUUAGUUGUACAGACGGUGGGCAGCUCCGGAGCUGUGCGCCUGGGAGCAGAGUUGCUAAAGCGUUACUUCUGCGUCAGCUCUUCCUGGGCCGGCGACGUUCUGCUGUCUUCUCCGUGUGAUGAGUCAUUACCUGGUAUCUUUAAGGCAGCAGGCAUUGAGGCGGUGAAACGAUACCGCUACUGGGACAGCGGGGGUCGCAAAGUGUGUGUGGAAGAAAUGUUAGAGGACCUGGAGAAAGCUCCGGAACAAAGUACGGUGGUCCUUUCCGCCUCAGGACACAGUCCCACCGGAGCCGAUCUCUCACAGGACGAAUGGAAACGUGUGGCUGAAAUCCUGGUGAAACGUCGGCUUCUGCCUUUCUUCUUGCUGCCAGCUCAGGGUUUGUGCAGCAGGGACAUCGAUCAGGACUCCUGGGCACUGAGAUAUUGUGUAUCUUUGGGGAUGGAAUUACUGUGCGCUCAGUCUUUCUCCCACAACUUCAGCCUGUAUGGAGAGAGAGUGGCUCACCUACUGUGUGUUGUGAAGGAGAACGCCACUCUGCUGGCUGUCCAGUUCCAGGCAGAGAAGAUCGUCCAAACGCUCUGGUCCCGCCCACCAGUGGAAGGUGCCAGAGUGGUAACAACGGUGCUCAGCAAUCCUGCGCAUAUGGUGGAAUGGCAGGAAGGGCUAAAACGUACAGUGGAGAGAUGCAUGCUGAUAAAGGAGCGUCUCCGAGAGAAGCUGCGUCUGUUAGGAAGCCCAGGCACAUGGGAGCACUUGAUUAAGUCGGCAGGACUCUACUGUUGUAUUGGACUCUCUGUUCAGCAGGUGGAAUUUCUGGUGAAGCAGAGGCAUGUGUAUCUGCUCCCGGGUGGCUGCUUCAACGUGAGUGCCAUCAACAGCAAUAACCUCGACUACGUGGCAGAAUCUCUUCAUCUAAUUUUGACCACUUGACUCUGACCUUGGCUGACAUCAUACAGCUUAGACAGUUAUGUCUGAAAUAGAUGUCGUGCUUCUGUGCUGCUUAAUCAUAUAGAUAUGUCUUUGAGAAUUUAAUAAAAAUAAAUAAAUAAAUAAAUAGGCCACGGAUUUUGCAUACAACAUAACUCAGUUUAUAGCUAUAUAUAUAUAUAUAUAUAUAUAUAUAUAUAUAUAUAUAUAUAUAUAUAUUGUGGAACGUCUGCAAAACAAGAUAGUUAUGGCUUAAGACAAAAAAAAAAGCACAGUUUGUCAUGCUUCUGAGAAAACAGAAAGUACAAUAUCCUGAAGACUUUCCCAUGGUGGGAAAACCUACCGAAUGUUAUAAAGCACUGACACUGGAGACUCCUUCAAUGAAUGUUAAAUAAACAU